UUUUUUUUUUUUUUUAAUUAUUGAGAGUCCGACCAGAUCAACAAAACUAUCCUGACACCUUUCUUCACAGAACAACAAAAAAGCGGCGCAAUACGCACCCGGCGUUCCGAUCACAAUCUCCAGUUAUCUCUACUCUUAUCGUGCGCCUCCAAUCUUAUCGUGCACCAGUAGGCUAAAAUGGGAGAUAUAUUGAUAUGGCUACUAUUCUUCUUUAUAGUUAUAGCUAUACUUGUUAUGCUUAUUUUUCAGCUCAUCUGCUUAACUGACCUAGAGUUUGACUAUAUCAACCCAUACGAUACUGCAUCUCAAAUAAACAGAGUUGUUUUGCCUGAGUUCAUCACGCAAGGAGUUCUGUGCUUCCUCUACCUGAUUAGAGGGCAUUGGGCUAUGUUGCUUUACUGCGUUCCAUAUCUAUACUACAAUGUCAGAUUGUACAUGCAAAGACGGCACCUUAUAGAUGUUACCGAGAUUUUUAAUAUGCUUAAUUGGGAAAAGAAACAACGGAUUUUCAAACUCGGCCACAUCGUAAUUCUGCUUCUCAUUUCAUUAUUUUGGGUGAUUUAUUCUGCCUUGGAGGAUGAUGAGUUAGAUUUAUAGCUCUAUCCCCUCUUUGCCUGUCCUCCUAGUUCAUUUUUCUGGCAAGUUUUAGUGGUAACUAAUGAUAGAUUAGGCAGCAGAUUCCUCAUCUUCUUAUUUCAUUUGAAGCUUACCUAAACCCCGUCGUGUAUACAGCUUUUGAGUGACGAUAGUUUUUAGGAUCCAUAUAUGUUGUGGAGUGCGAGUUUGCCUCAGAAAAUGACAUGGCGGUGCACGCAAAUAAUCUGUAAUUUUCAGCCUUUUGUAUCUUUUUGUGUUUGAUCUCCCGUCUCUGGUUAUAUGAGAUUGGUGAGAUUGAGAAUGCAAUUUGUAGGAUGAUAGAUCUUAGAUUCUUGAGUUCUUAUUUCCUGUUCUUUGGAUAUUGAAUAUGAACAAGAAUGCUGGUUGCUUUUGUUGAUAAC